CGCUGCGAGGAAGCUGUCGCUUUUUAUUCAUGGGAAUGUGACCGCUGAGCCGCGUGCAUCUUUUGGGAUUAAGACUUUUAAAAAUAUUUUUAUAUUUGGGCUUUUUUUUCACCCUUCUCCUUUUUUUUCUAAAGGAAAGACUUGUGCGCAGAAUGUGGACGAUUCUAUGUGGAUGAGAGGAGAAAGCCAUCUGAUGUAGGCAGAUUUAUUAUGCAGCAAAAUAUGCCCUUAAGUCUUAAUAAGGCUUUUUCUGGAACAUUAGUAUUUUUUUAAAGUCAUACACUGAGCAAAGAAUGGAUUUUAUUAAUUUUUCCAGCCUGGAAAAUGGGACAGAGGUGGGAAAUAUCUCAUCUAAUUUAACAUCUGAAAGCCAAGAGUACACCCAGCUGGCAAUAUGGGGUCUGGCUGGACUUGUAAGCUUUCUCAUUUUGUUUACAAUAGUAGGAAAUGUCCUAGUUGUUAUUGCAGUUUUAACUAGCAGGGCUCUCAAACCACCCCAGAACCUCUUCUUGGUCUCCUUAGCCAGUGCGGACAUACUGGUUGCCACUCUGGUCAUGCCCUUUUCUCUGGCAAAUGAACUCAUGGGCUACUGGUUUUUUGGCAAAAUUUGGUGUGAUAUUUACCUUGCUCUGGAUGUUUUAUUUUGCACCUCGUCAAUUGUUCAUCUUUGUGCUAUCAGUUUGGACAGAUACUGGUCGGUGACACAGGCAGUAGAGUACAACUUAAAGAGGACCCCUAAACGAGUUAAAGGCAUGAUUGUGGUGGUGUGGCUGAUCUCAGCUGUAAUUUCAUUCCCUCCAUUGAUUUCAAUGGACAGGAGCAGCAGUCAUGAGAGACCCACAUGUCAGCUGAAUGACGUGACCUGGUACAUUCUCUACUCUAGCAUUGGAUCCUUUUUUGCUCCUUGUGUUAUAAUGAUCUUGGUCUACAUUCGAAUCUAUCAAGUGGCGAAAACAAGGACCAGGACGCUGUCGGAGAAAAAGAGGGGCAUGGAUUCCCCUCAUGAAAAUGGGAUUGACCAAACCGAGCCAGGCAUGGGAGGGUCCAUUAGGUCCACUCAGGGUGGGAGCAUGAAAGAGCAAGAACCUGAGAACGGGCAUUGCCAGGAGCGAACAGCUCGAUCUCCUAAAUCAAAUGACCCGAAACAUCCAUCAAAUAACCAAGAUGAUGAUUUUGAAGAUAGCAGCUCAUCAGAUGAGAAACAAAAAAAGUGCAUUGGUUCUUCCAAACAAUACCAGAAUGACAGAAAGGACAGAAAGUCCAGCAGGAAGAGCAGCUCUGCUUCCAAAUACUCCAGCAGGAAGUCACGCUCUAGCUCAAAGUCCUUGGAACUGUUCUCCUCCCGUCGCAAACGCCGGAGCACUGUAAAUCGGAAGAAAGUCUCUGCUGCACGGGAGAAACGCUUCACAUUUGUCCUGGCUGUGGUAAUGGGAGUUUUUGUGGUGUGUUGGUUCCCAUUCUUUUUCUCUUACAGCUUAUAUGGAAUCUGCCGUGAUCCAUGCAAGAUCCCAGAGACCAUGUUCAAGUUCUUUUUCUGGAUUGGCUACUGUAACAGCUCCCUGAACCCAGUCAUCUACACCAUCUUCAAUCAGGACUUUCGCAGAGCCUUCCAGAAAAUUCUCUGUAAGUCAUGGAAACGAUCUUUUUAAGGGAUCCCUGCAUGACCAGGAUUAUAGUAGGUUGACAUAAAGUCAAAUGUUCAGUGUUGCUUGACUGAUGAAGCAUGUGGUGCUUGCGCUCACUGUCUUCAAAGGAUUGUAUUAGAAAGGAAAUGACAGCAACAAGUUACAAAUUUAGAUACAUUUUUAGAAGAAGACAUAAAAUGGGUGGAAAAAAUGAUGAAUGAGGCAUCUUUGCCUCCAACUGCUUUUGGACUCUGACUUGGGCCUCAGCUUAUUCCCUCUAAUGGUUUGGUCUCUUCAUUUAAAUAUGACCCUUUCCAGACCCUGUAAAGCAUGCCUGCCACAGUGACUGCCUUUAAAUAUACUUAUUAGCAGAAGAAGGGUUUACAGAUUAACUCAGAUCUAAAUUCAUAACAUUAUAACUGAAUAUAAUAUAAAGGCCUUGACAAUCUUCAUGAUACGGUUGUGAUAAUAGUUUGUUUUUUUCUCUGUUUCUUUACCGAUUGUUUCUUGACCUUACUGUUACAUCACUCUCAAUAUGAGGACCAAUGGGACAAAGGGGCUCUUUGCUUACUGUAUAAGUAGCAAAACUGUUUCAAUGACACGCAUCUCAACCAAGGAACAAAAGUCACCUCUCUGUACUUAAAUUAAAUAUGUGUGAGAUGAACCAAGCCAUCAGAACAAAUCUUAUGAUCAAGCUGGACUUGAUGGUGUGUGGAGGAGUGGCAGUACAGGCAAUGCUUUUCCCUUUCAGUCCUGUCUCUCCUCUGAAAGAAUAGCGGUCACUGUAGAGACAGAUGGAUACUCACUGAAGCAUUUACUUUGUAAACUGGAACACAGAGACAAAAUGAGCAACAUAUGGAUCUUGUUUAGGAUAAAGUAAGCUGUAUCUUACCUCUUACAAACUGCUUGUUUGUAUUUGUAUUUGUCUGCUUAAUGUUCUUUUUGCUCUUCAUGCAGACUCACUCUAUUGAAAUUUAAUGCUUAUUAGGCUCAUUUCCAAGGUUCACAAAAAAGACGUAAAAACUCUCACAAUGUACACAAAUACAUGGAAAAGAUUUGCUCAUUAAAAAUUAUCCUUCAUCCAGCCAGAAGGGCUAAUUUUCUUGUGUAAAUACGUGAAAAGACUACUUUACUAUUAUUGUGUGGUGCCUCAUAAUCACACGUGUUAAUAUAUGAAAAUGUUUAUGUGACUGAGGAACAAAGCUCUGAGGUGUUUUGUUGUUAUAGCUAACCUUUGUCUUGUUUUCUAAAGGAGCAAGUGUUUACUUAUUUGCUUUAAGCACAUCUAAAAUGAUAAAAUAAACACAUUUACAGCAGCGUUCCUCAGAAAAUCUGCUGCAUUUUUACUACAUCUGCUUUGUUAAUUUUAACUGCUAAAACACAUUGCUUAUUUGUUAUAUUGACACUCAGAUGUGUAAUUCAGAGAUUCAGAUAUUCUAUAUGAACUGUUUGCUAUUUAGU